UGAGAAAUAGACCCGCACUAUCUGAACUCGGUCGUCCUCGGGCCAAGGCCUUUGCCGAAGUUUGGCUAUCCAGACACGGCUCUGAGGCUGGGUGUGAGAGGGGUCGGCAGAAUCCCAGGUUCUGCACUCCACGCUCAGAGUGCAGUCUUUGUCCCAACAUCCACCUCUCAGCUUCACAAUGUCUGAACUCUUUAUGGAAUGUGUCGAGGAGGAGCUGGAGCCUUGGCAGAAACAAGUUCCUGAAGUUCACUUGAUAGAGGAUGAUGAUGAUGAACCCAUUUUCGUUGGAGUGCUCUCUAAUAACCAAAAGGAUGGUAAGCCUAACCCUCCACCUCCUCAGAGGAACAGUGCAGGGAUACAAGAAAUAAAGCGUCCUGCUCCCCAGCCUGCCAUGGGCUCCUCACCAAUAAUGUUGCCACUGAAUAUGGUGGGAAAUGCAGUGAAUACUGCAGCACCCAAUCUGACUACAGUUACUCCGCAGCCUGUUAUUGUCAAUAACCAGGGCUUUAUUGUCACUUCUCCACAAUUAGCAAACAACAGUGAGUUCAUUGCCUCUCUUGGGAGACAGUACCCACCUGGGACAUCAUUUACAAUUGUACCAGCUGGACAGCAGCAGCUUUUUCAGCAGGUCAGUCCAGGCACAGUAAUACCUGGUGCCGUCCACAGGCCUCAGGUGCAACAAAUCAGCAACAACGUCGUGACGUUGUCUAAUGUCCAGAGCCCUGCUGUGUAUUCAACACAAUCUAAUCAGCUGCAACCUAUACGACCAAACUCCCAAUCUCUUCAGACCUUCAGUAGCACCAAUAGAGAUCAAAGCGCAGUCAAACGAGGAUUGCUACCACAGGAAACAGACAGUGUGGCAAAAAGAGCAAAGCUUGACUUAGGGCCGGCAAAAGUAACUGUGAGAGUGGAAAAUGGGAUCAUAAAGAAAAAGUGCACCAAUUGUCAAGAAGAAUUCCUUACACAGGAAGCCCUGAAAUUUCAUAUGAUGAGUUGCUGUACAAAUGCUGAAAGUACAGCUCCAUCAGCUCUGAACAUGGGUGCAAACAAGCGCAUCAUGCUGGUCUCAGAUUUUUACUACGGCCGGUUUGAGGGAGAUGGGAACAAGAAGGAGGUGCAGAAGACCAACACAACUUUCAAGUGCCAGAGCUGUCUAAAAGUCCUCAAGAACAAUAUCAGGUUCAUGAACCAUAUGAAACACCACCUGGAGCUGGAAAAGCAGAACAGUGAGAGCUGGGAAAGCCACACAACCUGCCAGCAUUGCUACCGACAGUAUAUGACUCCGUUCCAGCUGCAGUGCCACAUCGAGAGUGCUCACAGCCCGAUCGAAUCCUCAACCAAUUGCAAGAUAUGUGAGCUGGCGUUUGAGUCAGAGCAAGUGCUCCUGGAACACAUGAAGGAUAACCACAAGCCCGGGGAAAUGCCUUAUGUCUGCCAGGUGUGCAAUUACAGGUCCUCUUUCUUCUCAGAUGUGGAGACACAUUUCCGAAGUGUCCAUGAAAACACAAAAGACCUGCUCUGUCCCUUCUGUCUCAAAGUUCUUAGAAGUAGUCACAUGUACAUGCAACAUUACAUGAAACAUCAGAAAAAAGGGAUCCAUCGUUGUGGAAAGUGCAGACUGAAUUUCCUCACCUACAAGGAGAAAUUGGAGCACAGGACUCAUGUCCACAAGACUUUCAGAAAACCUAAAGCCCUGGAGGGCCUUCCUCCGGGUACAAAGGUGACCAUUCGAGCCUCCCUCACAGGAAAGACGCCCGUAGUGCCGAUCUCCCCUGACAGAUCGAGCUUUACCAUCAGUCCAGACACACUAAGAAUCAGUCAGAAAACCAAACCUCCAGUCAAUGUAUCCAAGUCUAAAUCGAAUGUCUCUGGAGCGGGAAAACCUAAGACGACUCAGAGCAAGAAGCAAGAAGGUCGAACUACCAAGCACAACCUGGCACUCCGGAAUCUCAGAGUCAACGGAGGGCGUUUCACGUGCAUCGAGUGCAACACACAAGUUGACCACUUCUUUUCUCAUUUCCCAAUGGUUUCGAAUUGUGGCGCCUGCAAAUAUCGGACAAGUUGCAAAGUUUCCAUUGGGAAUCAUAUGAUAAGAUUUCAUAGUACCAUCACCAAAAAUAGAUUUUUGAAAAUGGAUCAUAAGAAAAUUUCAUCUACAUUAAAAUUAACCCUGGUCUGUCUCAACUGUGACCUCCUCGUUGAUGCAUCAGGUGGUGACCUGAUGACCAAACAUUUAACCGAUCGACCGAAUCACAUAUGCAAAGUUAUUCAGGAGAAAGCAGAUAUCAAAGCCAAAGAUCAAGUGCAUCUCGUCCUGGGGCAGCCAGCAAAAGUCUUGUACCUCUUGACGUCAGCACCUGCUCAAAGACCAAAGGAAAUGGACUUGAAACUAGUCGAAAGUGUCACAUCUGGCAGUGCUACUGCUGCUACUGUUGAUCAACCAGAAUCAGCAGGUGAUGAGGAAAAGGUUUCCACAGAAGUAAGCGUCAAUGAAGGUUCCUUUAAAGGAGAAUUAAAGCAGUUGUUGCUGCCUGCUUUAUCGUCUUCCUGUAGAUCAGAUGGGGUUUUAGAUCUCGGUGAUGAGUCAAUGGGUAACUCACAGAGCACAGAUGUCAGGGAGCAGCUCCCGGUCUCUGGGAUUGUCCAUGAGCAUGAGACUAGGGAACAGCAGACAAAAUCUGAAUGAACCUGUACAUCAACUAAACAGUGCACAUGACAAACAGAGGUCUGCACAGUUAUGAAUCAAAAAUAACUGCUUCAUCAGCCAUGCUCUGCAUUGUAAUUUCUUUUACAAAUACCAAUUAUAUGAUGAUGUUGCUUUGGCUGCUGGUAUUUGCUGCUGCUACUACUCAUGACCCCUGUGUUUGGCAGGUCAUUUUCAACAACUGAAAAAAGUAUUUUAUCAGAUUUUUUUUUUUCUGUCACACUUUCAUCACCUAAAUAUAUGGAAAGUAUCUUUGUAUUUAUAGAUAAAAAUGCAUCCCGUACAAUCCUAUUUGCCCUAUAAACUAUCUAGUUAGAACAUUUGCAAAAAUCAGAAAUCAUUACUCUGCAUCUUGACUGAUUCAAGCAUUUUCAGUUGUGGAUUUGACUUAAAUGACUGUGGCUCACUUUGUAUUUCUAAAACGUUUCAAAAAGUGGUUGAUGUUAUCCUUAAGGAAACCCCAUCUGCCAUAAGGAGGGACAGUAUUUAGCUCUGCUCCUGAUCCCCAGUGUCAACUUUUGAUUUGCUUUACUGAAAAAGAUGAAGACAUUAUUUUGUCAACGAUCUGACUCUAAAACUAAACCAGAUUUUUUUGAAAAACACACUCAGUGGCAAAAAAUAUACAUACUGACGUUCUCUCUGAUGAUUUACUGAUGUUAUUUAAAGUCUCCAUGUAGUCCCCGUAAAAGUACACAUAGAAAAUAAUGUAAUUUUGCCUUUGAUUCAAUUUUGUUUAAGCAGUUUGAGCCCCAUUUCUAUCAAAGACUAUUUUGCACUGCUAACUUGAUUUGGAUUAAGAUGAUGUUUGUUUUAGAUUUUUAUCAUCCUUUAAUUUGUUAAUCUAUCAUUGUAUAAUGUGUAAAUUAAUUUUCGAGAUGUAAUCACAAAGCUGCUCCGUUUAUAUUGAAUUUGAGGUUAUUAUACCAACAAAAAAAACAUAAAUUAUCACUGAAAUGUAUACGUUAUUUACAGAAAAUUCCUGAUUUGUGGCAGAAAUAUUGGUCUAUAAUAGAUGUGGAACAGGUAUAUUAUUAAGAAAUUAGGUGUGAAUGUAUCAGAGUAACUUCUAUCUCGGCGCAUAGAAAGUUUCUUUAAACCAUUAAGAAAUACAGUAGUACAUGUAUAAAAAAAAUUAGCAUCACAUUUUAUUCCUUAAGGAACGGAAUGUCAACUUUGUGUGGCCAAGGCCAAAAGACAGAAGAAUUAAGCAGUGGAAGGCGGCAUAAGGUGGAAAAUGACCACAACUAUUUGAGGACUUUUAUCGUCUUACUUUUAACUGGUGCCAGGUGGAAAAGAAAUAUGUACACGUUAUGUUGGGCGCAGGUAUUCAGCAUGGCAUGUCAACCAGUGUUUAUGUUGCAGCUGCUGGUUGCUUAAGUUGCAUUUUAUUUUGCAUUUACUGAAAAAAGGCAAAUUCCCUAUGGCUCUGGGAAGGAUUUAUACAAUGCAAUUUGUUUACUUAGUUUGGCUUAAAAUGUCUGAAGUCAUUGGUCAUGUCAUUGGUUUUUAAAAAGGGUUUUCACUUGUAUAUACAGUAUCUGUAGAGCAAGUCUAUAAAUGCACCUACGUCUAUGAUGGCACUGUAAAUGUUAACCCCCUGAGUCUGUUUUCAAUACAUUCCUCUAAAGAUAUAUGGUGUUCCACUUAGGACACAUUUUCCUCAGAGAUCUAUAAACUACUGGGUUUAGAUCCAUGUUUUUCUGUUGUUUGUUAU